AUGGAAAGUACAGGCCACGCCGCUGAUAUGGGAAGUGGCAAGAUGAGUAGUGGAGAUAGCGUACACAGCUGGAGAGAUACUCUUCCAGUUUCGAUGGUAUCGAAAAGUGAAUUGAGCGUAUGGAGUGUGCUCAAAAAAUGCAUAGGAAAGGACCUGACGCGAAUUUCCGUCCCGGUAGUUUUUAAUGAACCACUCAGUUUCCUGCAACGCCUCGCUGAAUACAUGGAAUAUGCUGAAUUACUGGAGAGAGCAAGUAAAUGUGCGGAUGUCACUGAAAGAUUUGAGUAUGUUGCUGCGUUCAUUGUUUCAUCACUUUCUUGUAAUUAUUUGCGAUUAUCGAAGCCAUUCAAUCCCUUGUGGUUUGAAACCUAUGAAUUAGAUAGGAGUGACGAAAAUGGUUAUCGCUUUAUCGCUGAACAAGUAAGCCAUCAUCCGCCCAAAUCUGCCUUUCAUGCUGAAUCGAAAAGCUAUGAAUUUGAUGGUGUUGUUUCACCACGAUUGAAAUUUUGGGGAACAUCUAUUGAAGUACAACCGUCAGGGAGUUUUCGGCUAAAAUUUUUGAAUCAUAAUGAAACUUAUGCAUGGAAAACACUGAACGUAACCAUUCAUAAUAUUGUCAUGGGACAAAUGUAUAUACAGUUGGAAGGGCAUCUUCUUAUACAAUGUAACACAGGAUUAGAGUGUAAGCUAUCUUUUAAGAAUAACGAUAAUGGACCUUCGAAGCAAAACACCUUCUUCCAGGGUUUCAUAUCAAAGCAAGAAAAAGCUUUAAGAGCAAUUUACGGGAAUUGGACAACAUUUCUUGCCACUUGUGAAAUCACUAACUUCGAGUUCCGUUACGAUGAUUGGUUGGAAAUUGGAAGACAGUUCUUCCAAAACUGCUCUGCUGUGGAAGAUAUACCUUUAAUUCAAAGAUCAAAACUGAUAUGGAAGAGUCGUCCUCGACCUUUGAAUUCAUCUUCAAUGUAUAAUUUUACUUCGUUCACGUUUCUUUUAAAUGAUCCAUCUGGCAUAACAAACUUAUUACCUCCAACUGACAGUCGACGAAGACCCGACAUACGCCUUUUAGAAACAGGUCAAGCAGAAGCAGCAGAGAAAGAGAAAGAACGUUUAGAAGUUAAACAAAGACAAGCUCGCGCUUUAAUGAAGAAGACAAGGGAAAAACUACCCAAAUGGUUUGAAAAAGUCACUUCUAAAGAUCAGUUGUUGUGGAUGUUCACUUACAAAUAUUGGAAUCGUGAAUACUAUGACUGCGAAGAUAUUUACUGA